UUUAAGCUGAGGUUGCCAGUAAGUUUGCAUUAAAGAAGUCUCCGUCCCACGCCUCAAAAAACUGUCCCACACCUCAAGGGAGAUGCACAGUUCCGCCUGCCGAGUGCCGAGUUAGAGGGUGGCACAGCCGAGGACCUAUUAAUACAGUCUGAUGUGAUGGAGGCCCCUGUGGACUCCUCUGAUAGUGAAGAUCAAAGUGAUGACUCCAUGUUUUUACCAGAGGACUUUGAGGAUGAGGUGGAUAUCAACAUCCACUUUCACUGCGAACACUGUAUCAAGAUGAGCAAGUGCCUGGAGCGCCCUAAGCAAGGAUGGUCAUGUGAGAUUGAUUAUUGCCCCAAUGGCUGUGGUCACAAAUUCCACAUCUGUAAAACAAGUGAACAUCGUCUUAUGUGUAGCCAUGAGCGGGUACCAUGCAUCAAUGCAGGGUAUGGAUGUCCCUUGUGGAUGCAGCGGAGAUUUAUUGCAGAGCAUUUGCCCUUCUGUCCUGCCUCAGUGGUAUUAUGUAAUGCUGAAUGGAACCGAUGGGCUUUAGGGGCCAAGGAAAGGGAGAGAGUUGCCAUGACUAAAGGAAUAACUGGUCUCUACAACCCCAUGGAUUUAGAUAUGGCUUUAGCUCUGCAGGAUCAAGAACUUGUUAAUGAAAUGCAAAAAGUACCAAAGAGAGUGCGGACAACAUUAUGUAAUGGCAUUACAAGACGCUUCCCUUGCCUACCUUUAACCAUACGAGGAUCCCAUCAUCAUUCAUCCAAUGAGAACUAUCAAGGCAAUAAGUUGACCCAUUCAACAACUGAGGAGGAGGAGGAUGACCUAACACCAGGUUUAUCAGUGUCUGUGUGUACUGAGCUUUUACGUGGCAAGAAAUCUGUGUUGUCUUGUCCAAGCAGUGAAUUGAGAGGCGCUAUUUUACCCUCUGCUUCCUUCACUUCCCCACACUCCAUGGAGGAACUCAGCCACACCACACACAACCAGGGCGACAUUAAGAGAAAACACAGUCAAUCUCAUGUGUGUAAAGAUGACAUAGCUGCUAUUUGUUGCUCACAUGAGAUCAUCAAGAACAUCUGCAUGUUCUGCCGUAAUGACCCUGACGAGCCUGACUACAAGAUGGGCAAGGUGUGGCGGGAACAAUUGACCCUCAAAAAGCCUGGAGAGUUCAGAUGGGUUGUUGAACCAUGUGUAGAGAAGGUAAGAAAACGCAACCAGUUUGGGAUGUAUGCCUACAAAAGAUAUGAUGAGUCUGAUGAGGAUGAUGAUGAGAACACCUCACUUGACAAAAUGAAUCUGAUUUUUGAUGAGCUGGGUCAUCCCAUGGGGAAGAGACCCAGGUUUCAGACUCCUCCACCAGCUUCCAUUACUCCCAAAGGGUUGACAAUGGAACUCACUUUGAAACAUUACUCAAGGCACCAGACCAAGCCCAAAGCCAUGUUCACUUUCCAGUGCAUGCAGGAAGUGCGUCGGUCUGAGUACAGCAGUCACUACCAGAACUUGCACAGUGAGAUACAGGAAGGUCUGGAUGGCUGGCUUAUCCAUCGAUGCCCCCUAUAUGUUGUUGGUUGUCCCUUUAUCAAUAAUCGCCUUCAUCCUGGGAGAAAGGAUAGUGAUGUGGUAUACUCUCACAGUCUCAAGGCUUUUGGUGUCCGUCCUAAGCUUGACUAUGAACCUGCGUCUUGUGGUGGGUUACCCAGGUCUCGUUCCCCAAGUGUAGAGAAGACCACCAGCGCCUUGGGCCAAAUGCGCCUCACUCCAGUUCAGAAAGGAAAAAAGACUGGAUCAGCCUCAGCAAAGCACAAAAAUAUAAACUUUGAAGCUGCAACAGAACAAUACCUUGCAUCCAGCACUCAUUUAACAUAUCUGCCAGUUGAGGUGCUCCAGAAGAUAGCUGUUUACCUUGAUGGAUACAGCCUCAACAACCUAUCACAGAGCUGCCGGUUGAUGCGCGAUAUCUGCCUUUCCUUAUUGAAUGAGCGUGGCCUGGUCAUCAUUGAGUGGGUGCGCUAUGUGGAGGACAGCAAAGUCAGAUGGAAAGAAGGCAAGAAGCGGCGAUUCUUUAGUAAAGCUUUUGAGCAUGUACAACAUUGGGGCUUCAAGGAUGUAACCCACAUGGCAAAUCAUUUACAAGUGUGUGACUUUAACAAAAGACACAUUGCAGAGGAGAAAUUUGCAUACAUCCUGCCCAGAAAAGAUGGUACAAUUCCAGGCAUUCAGCGGACCAAUCGAACUUGACCAUUGGUGAAUAUCCUAAGGCACAGGCAGCUAGUUGGUGCUGGAGGUUGGUAUUAGACACAGGCAGGAAGGAUUAGAACAGUGGUUCUCAACCUGUAGGACAUGUCUAGAAUUAAGGGGGGUCCAUGGCAGACUGUUACAAAUUAUACAUUUUUAAAUGUUAUAACUCUGAAUGAAAAAAAUGCAUCACUCCUGACAAAAAAAAAUUGAUUACAUUGACAACUUUGUAACAAACAAUAGUCUUCUUGUCAAUAUUUUAUUAUUAUCUAUUUAUUUUCUUUAUUCAUUGUUAUCAUUAUUAUUAUUAUUUUAUUUUUUCGUUUUUUUCACCUUUUUCUUUUGGUAGAGUGGGAUUUGGGAAAGUCUAACAGGAAUCACACAAAUGUUGAGAAUUCAUGAAGAAGAGAUUGAAGAGAAAAAGGUUGAGAACCACUUUGUUAGAACUUGUAUAUUUCUAACAGUGAAAACCAAAUAAGAUAUAGUGAUACACUGCUUUUACAGAUUACUGUUCUCUACUCAUUAAUAAGCUUAAUGAAACCAAGGUAAGUUUUAAGUAUUAGAAGGAGCAAUGGUUGAGCCUUGCAUGGAGGGCUGGCAAAUGGAUAAUGGUAGAGGAUUUAUUGGGCUUCUUAGUCUGUGAUGAUUGUUUUUAAUUUCAUAUCAAUGCUGUAAAUGCUACUGUGAUGCAUCAUUGUGUGUAUUUUACUUGACUUUCAAUAGAAUAAGUUUAUGAUAUUUUGAUCAUUAUUCUCAUGAUUUUGCCUUACUAUGAAUUAUAAAUUUUUCUCUUUAGUCAUAAUGUAAUUGUUGUGUUGUCUUCAUUUUGUGAUCAAGCUCUCUAUAUAUUGCAUAUCAUACCACUAUUUUAUGAUGUUUUUUUUCAUGGUUAUGCAUCACUGAUUGUUUUUAAAGUUCAUACUUUGUGUGGUAAGAUUUAAAAUCUAGAAAACAAUUUUACUGUUAGACUAUGGCAACAGUGAAGAUUGGUGAGAAUCUUAAUGGUAGGAAGUUAAAAAGAAAUAUGAAGCUUUAAGCACACACACACACACACACACACACACACACACACACACACACACACACACACACACACACACACACACACACACACACACACACACACACACACACACACACACACACACACACACACACACACACACACACACACACACACACACACACACACUAAAUUGAUGAGGCUAUUUGGUGGUAUAGUCAUCUGUAUGGAGUAUUGUUGCUUUGUCCAGUGAGUUUUUAUCAACAUUCUGUAUUUUAGUUACCUUUCAUUACAGAUUAAUAAGGCAGAAAA